AUUAUAAGCCAUUAGAAAAUGGCAGGUUGACUAAGUUCCUUCAACUAACUAUCGAAAAUGCGAUCAAGUUGUACAAUUCCAUGAUUGGUUUGUAAAUAAUCCUAAAUCAUUUUAAAUAUUAAACACAGCUCGUCUUUCAAUGUAUUUUGACAUAGCCUCAGUUAAGUUUCUUGGAAAAACAUGCUUAUAAUGUAACGGAGCGCAAAUUUCAAAGCAUUUCAUUUGUUCAGUCUAAGUAGAGUGAAUGCAAAAUGUCGGACGAAAUGUACCGCAGUACAACAUUGGGCACAUCAUUACAAGAAACUUUAAAUGAACAAAUUCAGUCUGGAAAAAUAACUCCGGCACUAGCAGAAAAGGCGUUGAAGGAAUUCGAUAAAAGCAUGAAGCUUAUAAUUAGUCAAUAUCCAAAAACGGAUUGUAACUUCAAAGCAGCGAAAAUCCUAUACUACAAACUGUGUGGUGAUGUUUGGACUUUCAUACUGAAAGAUGUCGAGUUCCGCGAUGGUACCGAUGUUUAUAAAGUUGAUAAAUUAAAACUUAUCGCGUACCCAAAUAAAAGCAGCAAAUCUAAUAAAACUGGCGCUGUUGGUGAAGCCGGCAAAUAAAUUCACAUUUAGAACUAAUAAUAAGAAAAAUUUUUGUAACAAUUUAUUAAAAU